AACACGAAUAACUCGAACAAUGAGGAUCAUGCAGCAGCAGAUGAGCAUAAAGCCGUAGAAGGAAAUGGGCAGACUCCGCCAAUAAUUAAAACGAAACAGAAAAAAGUGCCAGAAGUGGCGAUUCCUGGCGGAUUAGAAACACCUGGAGAAGACUCAGGGACUACGGCUUGCGUUUGCUUAAUGAAUAAGGAAAGGAUCGUAGUUGCAAAUGCUGGCGAUUCGCGAGCGGUGCUUUGUCGAGGCGGCACAGCCAUCGAUCUGUCUAUGGACCACAAACCAGAAGAUGACAUUGAGAAGACGCGUAUAAUAAAUGCUGGUGGAUUCGUCAAUGAAGAUGGGCGAGUAAAUGGUGGUUUGAAUUUAUCACGUGCUUUCGGUGACCAUAGUUACAAGAAGAAUGCGGAUUUACCAUUACGGGAUCAAAUGAUUACAGCAUUGCCCGAUGUUAAAGUGGAGACGUUACAACCGAGUGAUGAGUUUCUGGUUGUAGCUUGCGAUGGGAUUUGGAACUCACUGAACUCACAGCAAGUUGUAGAUUUCAUUCGAGAACGACUAAAGCGAGGGAAGUCUUGUGUGGAUAUUUCUUCAGAGCUUUGCGAUCAUUGUUUGGCGCCGACGACGGCUGGCGAUGGCACUGGUUGCGAUAAUAUGACUGUCAUUAUCACGACGAUUACUCAUUGA